AUGGUGAUGGAGACAAUUGAGAAAAUUAUGGGCAACUUGGGAGCAGCAGAUAUUGAUCAUAAACUUGAAGAACAACUAAUUGAUGGUAUUCUCUAUGCUUUCAAAGAACAAACUACAGAGGACUCAGUAAUGUUGAAUGGCUUUGGCACGGUGGUUAAUGCUCUUGGCAAACGAGUCAAACCAUACUUGCCUCAGAUCUGUGGUACAGUUUUGUGGCGUUUAAAUAACAAAUCAGCAAAAGUUAGGCAACAGGCAGCUGACUUGAUUUCUCGAACUGCUGUUGUCAUGAAGACUUGUCAAGAGGAAAAAUUGAUGGGGCAUUUGGGUGUUGUGUUGUAUGAGUAUUUGGGUGAAGAGUACCCUGAAGUAUUGGGCAGCAUUCUUGGAGCACUGAAGGCCAUUGUAAAUGUAAUAGGUAUGGAAUUUGCUGGUCACGUAAGAAUUUUGUUUUUUUUUAACUUUCUUUGGAUUUUUGAAAGUAAAACAUAGAAUCAUAUUUAGGGGUUAGGUGAUUU